UCUGUGCCAUGCAUUUGGUGUUCAUGGUUGCAGAGAAGCCCUCACUAGCGGAGUCAAUCGCAAAAUCACUUUCUCGAGGUCGCUGCUCUUCUCGCCGCGGUUUCAACGGCGCCUGUCAUGCCCAUGAGUGGUUGGGGUCUCUAAUGGGCGAGCAAGUCCGAUUCAGGAUGACUUCCGUUUGUGGUCACGUGAUGACCACUGAUUUCAACAGUCGAUACAAUAAUUGGGACCGCGUUGACCCAGUUUGUCCAUAAUUUUGUGGUACACAAACAAUUGCUUGUUUGUUAAAGGCUGAGUUAUUCGUCGCUGAAAUCGAGAAGAAGGAAGCAAAUCCCAAGCUGAAAAUGUUAGAUUAUCUGCGUCAAGAGGCAAGGGGCGCUGGUAUUUUAAUUCUCUGGUUGGAUUGCGACAAAGAAGGUGAAAACAUUUGCUUCGAAGUGAUUGACUGUGUGGAAACUGUUAUGUCUUCUCCGAAGCGAAUAUUGCGCGCACAUUUUAGCGCUGUAACGGAGCAAGAACUUGACGGCGCCAUGAAAAAUCUUCGCAGUCCAAACAAGCUAGAAGCCCUAUCUGUUGAUGCAAGACAAGAACUUGAUCUGAGAAUCGGGUGCGCAUUCACGCGGUUUCAGACAAAAUUCUUCCAAGGUAGGUAUGGGAAUCUAAACAGCAAUUUGGUAUCCUAUGGCCCCUGUCAAACGCCUACCCUGGGAUUUUGUGUACAACGCCAUGAUCGGAUACAAUCUUUCAAGCCGGAAUCCUUCUGGCGCAUCAAAGCAAAUCUGGCGAUUAGGAACGGUGCGACCCUCGACCUCGUUUGGAACAGAGACAGAUUAUUUGACAAAGAGGCAGCUAUGGUGUUCCUCACCAGGGUGAAAUCCGCAACCUCAGCUCGAGUGGUCCAAGUGACAAGAAAGGAAAAAGUUAAACCGCGACCACUGGGCUUGAAUACGGUUGAGAUGCUCCGAGUCGCCAGUUCGGCCCUCGGCAUCGGACCCCACACAUCAAUGUCGUUGGCGGAAAAAUUAUACACUUCGGGUUACAUCAAUUACCCCAGGACGGAAACCACCAGUUAUCCGAGCACGUUCGACUUGCGUGGUCUCGUUCGACAUCAGACUGGUCAUCCCGAAUGGGGCGACGUGGCUCGUGAUUUAUUAAACACCGGCUUGACUGCUCCUCGCAAGGGACAUGAUGCGGGUGAUCAUCCUCCCAUUGCCCCAAUGCGACUCGCACGAUCGACGGAUCUUGGUCACGACGCCAAUAGAUUGUAUUCAUUUAUCGCCCAACAUUUUUUGGCGACGGUGAUGCCUGAUUGCAUUUACGAGUCCACUCAGGUUUUGCUAUCCAUCGGUGACGGGGAGUUCUUUACAGUGACCGGCACUCGCCUUAUCGAUCCAGGAUUCACGCGCAUCUUGACUUGGCAAGCCAUUGAGGACCGGUCCCUUCCAGACGAGGCAUUGGUACAAGGUGCUGAAAUUCCUCUGGCCGGGGAACCUAAGUUGGUUGAGGGCCAAACUGGGCCACCGGACUAUCUAACCGAGGCGGAGCUCAUCACCGCAAUGGAACGCCACGGAAUCGGUACGGAUGCAUCCAUACCCACACAUAUUGAAAAUAUCGUCCAGCGAUCCUACGUUCAGCUGUUGCCUGGUCGCCGUCUACAGCCGACUUCCCUUGGGAUCGUUCUUGUCCACGGCUAUCAGACUAUCGAUCCAGAACUGGUACUUCCUCACAUGCGUAAGGCUGUAGAAGAGCAACUGAACUUUAUAGCCCGCGGUCAGGCUCAGUUUGAGCAAGUGGUCCAAUUUGUGCUGGCCUUGUUCGCAGCGAAGUACCGCUAUUUCAUCGAACACAUUAGUGCUAUGGACCAACUGUUCGAGGCUUCGUUUAGCAGCCUUUCCGAAACGGGACGUCCGUUGUCUAGGUGCGGUAAGUGUCACCGCUAUCUCAAGUUAAUCGAUAGUCGACCACAGCGCCUACAUUGUCCAACUUGCAACGAAACGUAUGCAGUCCCACAGAACGGUGCAAUCCGACAGUACAAGGAGGUCAGAUGCCCUUUGGACGAUUUCGAACUGUUGUUUUGGACUCAAGGUUCCAAGGGGAGGAAUGCCAUUUUCUGUCCGUACUGUUACUCCCAUCCUCCGUUCGAGCGAAUGCCAAAAGCUUCUGAUUGUAGUCGAUGUCCCCAUCCCUCCUGUCCCCACUCCAUGGAAGCUCGUGGCGUCGAUGCCUGUCCAGAAUGUUUCAAUGGCAUCCUUGUUCUCGAUGAUUCAUCGGCUCCGAAAUAUCGUCUCAGCUGCAACCGGUGUCCAGCGGUCUUGCUGGUAUCGGAAGCCAUCAAACACAUGGCUGUUGGGAAGGAUGCUUGCUCCAAGUGCUCUGCGAUGAUAUUGCACAUCAAGGUGGACCCGUCAAAAUUGACUCCGGCUUCUGGGGACGGCGAUGGAAUGAAGAAAAUUACUUACACCGAAUGUGCGUUUUGCUCUGAUACGCUCUGCAAACUUUUCGAACUUGUACAGACCCGCCCGGAUUCCCGACAUCUUCCCAAUUCUUCUCGCGGUGCUCGUGUCGGCAGGUCCCGUGGUUCCAUUCGAAGAGGCGUUGGACGCACCCCCAGGCGUCGGGGUUAAAGCCAUGUUCACUUUUGUGGAUGCAUUGCGUCCACAUUUCCCUCCAUUAAUUUUCCUCAGAUAUACAGUGCUUUUACUACUCCCA